CCGGCCGCAGAAAAUCUUGCCAUCCUGUCUUUCUCCAUUGAUUUCUGCCUCAAUUGCGAUCCCCCUGUGGAUAUUGUAACUUUCGUGCCGUCUCCUCUCUUGUUGUAUUCUACUCUCACACUCCCCUUCGACUUUCACAAUGGGCAAGGACGCCGGUUUCCAGGAUGGUGACGCCAGCAAGGGUGCCAACCUCUUCAAGACCCGUUGCGCGCAGUGCCACACUGUCGAGGCCGACGGCGCCAACAAGGUCGGCCCCAAGCUCCACGGUCUGUUUGGCCGUAAGACCGGUUCCGUUGAGGGCUACUCCUACACCGACGCCAACAAGCAGGCCGGUGUUGAGUGGAACGAGCAGACUCUGUUCGAGUACCUCGAGAACCCCAAGAAGUACAUCCCCGGUACCAAGAUGGCCUUCGGUGGUCUGAAGAAGAACAAGGACCGCAACGACCUGAUCACCUACCUCCGCGAGGCUACCAAAUAAAUGACCUAAUUUCAUGUUCAUGUCGCCCGCCAUGAUUUUUCUUGUGUGACAACCUCUUUUGAUGACCUUCUGCCGCCGAUUCUCCUGGGCGUUCGGUGGGAAGGCCGUGCGGACCAGACCGGAGAGGGCCUGUAACAUUACUACCAUCCACCAGCUUUUAUUUCCUCUAUUCUUGAAUAGAUCAUGACUUCUGUUGCUGUGCUUCAUUCAGCUGGGCGGUCGGAAAAGGGAUGCGUUAUAGAAGCCAUUUCCACUGCGUUUUUUGCAUUUGCCUAUGUGGUUUGGUUCCCGUGUAU